AGCAUUCCCACUUCUCUCUCUUCUUUUUCUUCUUUCUCUGCAUCUCUGUGAGUGGACUGGAAGAGAGGAAUCUCGGAUUCUCUGACUCUGUUGCUCGGAAAGCAAGAUUCCAUUGAGAGAAGAGAGGAGAGGAGAGGAGAGAAGCCCAAUCAAUCAAACAAUUACCCACCUCCGAGGAGCCGAACCCUGCCAAAAUGGCCACGACGCCCUUGCCUGGUAUUUACCGCAGAUCCCUCCCUUCUCCACCCGCUAUCGAAUUCGCUUCACCCGAUGGUAAGAAGCUUUUUACUGAGGCUCUUGGAGGUGCAACAAUGGAGGGGUUUUUCAAACUCAUUUCCUACUACCAAACCCAGUCCGAGCCUGCCUUUUGCGGGCUGGCCACUCUUGCUAUGGUUCUCAAUGCGCUUGCUAUCGACCCCGGAAGAAAGUGGAAAGGCCCUUGGAGAUGGUUUGAUGACUCUAUGCUUGACUGCUGCCAGCCUUUGGAAAAGAUCAAAGCUGAAGGCAUCACGUUUGGGAAAGUCGCAUGUCUGGCACAUUGCAACGGGGCUAAAGUGGAAGCUUUUCGGACUAGUGAAAGCACCAUUGAUGACUUCCGCAAGUGUGUAAUAUCAUGCACUUCUUUAGAGGAUUGUCAUGUGAUCACAUCGUACAACAGAGCAGUUUUUAAGCAGACUGGAACUGGUCACUUUUCACCUAUUGGGGGAUAUCAUGCUGGAAGAGAUAUGGUUCUCAUUUUGGAUGUUGCUCGAUUUAAAUAUCCUCCUCAUUGGGUCCCUCUCACGCUUCUUUGGGAAGCAAUGGAUACUAUUGACAAGGCAACAGGACAUCGAAGGGGGUACAUGAUUAUUUCAAGGCAUCACAGAGAUCCGUCAAUCCUCUACACAGUGAGUUGUAGACAUGAUGGUUGGAAAAGUAUUACAAAGUACCUAAUAGAAAAUGUUCCCUCCCUCCUGAAGUUAGAAGAUCUCAAAGAUGUUCAAAAAGUACUCUCCAUAAUAUUCAACUCAGCCCCUUCUGAUUUGAGAGAAUUUGUUAAGUGGAUUGCAGAAGUUCGGAGACAAGAGGAUGGGAGUGUAGCCUUAAGUGAAGAGGAAAAGGGAAGGGUUGCAAUCAAGGAAGAGAUAUUGAAACAAGUACAAGAGACUGAACUAUUCAGACACGUGACGAGAUACUUGGCUUCUGAAAGCUCAUUUUGUAAAGGGAUCACUUCUUUGGGUGAUAAAGAUGGGUUGCCAGAAAUUGCUGCAAGCGUCUGUUGCCAAGGAGUACAACUUUUUACUGGGAAAAACAGUAAGAUAUGCUGUAAGGAGACAACUGUGAAUUUUUUAAAGGUUAAUGGGGAAAGGCCUGCAGCAGUGGUAUCUGGGACUCUAAUUGCUGAUGGCACUGAACAAGGAGUUGAUGUGCUGGUCCCUUUAUGUCAAACCAACCCCAGUAAUUUGUGUGCGUUUGAUCAAGGUUGUUGCAGUGGAAUGCAUCCAUCUACAGCUGAUGUUCUAACAGUCCUAUUAUUUGCCCUCCCCGAAGAUACAUGGGCUGGCAUCAAAGAAGAGAGACUGAAGGCUGAAAUGAACAGUCUCAUGUCGAUUGAAAGCCUUCCCCCUUUGGUUAAAGAUGAGGUUCAAUAUUUGAGAUGCCAGCUCCAUUUCCUCAUGACAGAUCUUGGCGCUCAUACCCCAUCAUGAUAUCCUGUUUUCUUUCUACUUGACUAAUUCUAAACAGGUAUACAAUAUCAUUCACUCAUUUCAUGACAUUUUCCAACUGAUAGUGAUAAAAGGGGUCAAUAUGAAUGAAAUGGGACAGGUCAUACACCGGACUCUAUUAGGAUUAUGGACAACUCAUUUCAUGACAUUUUCCAACUGUUUUCUUGCUGUUUUGCAUGUUUUCAAGUACUUCGGUGUUAUAAAUAGAAAAUCUACAGGACAUAUUGUUCUUUGCUGGUGUU